AUGUCUCAUAGGAGUCACCAGACAUCUUCAAAUACACAGGAAUUACAUCCAAUACCGGGACUCAAUAGCGACUCGUGGAAGACCUCGAAUCCUGUAUCAGGUCAUUCUUUAAGGGUGAUAUCCUCUCACAGUCCUAGCGUUCGGACUCGCGGCUUCGCACAUAAUACUCAACAAGGAGAAGUUUCACCAGCCAGUCCAUUGACCGAAGAACAAGGAGAUUACAAUUCUGAUUCCGAUUUUGACGACGAUAUGGAAGGACGAAGACCUCCAUUGCAUCGCUCUGCAGAUGGCCGUUCACAUCAACCAUUACUACACAAGAGUGAUGAUCCUGAGAGAGGGAGGACAGGAUACAAUGCCUCUCCGGAUCCCCCAGAAUGUCCUACAUUCUCGAGACGAUCUACAAUGCGAAGUCGAAGUCCAGACACUCAAGCAAAAUUGGCCACCAAAAAGAAAUACACAUACGCCGCCUUCUUUUUGGGAUUGAGUUUGAUUAGUUUCGUCAUACAAACAGAAACUGCCGUGUAUAUACAACAUCAAUUGGGGUGGAAUAAAGCAUACUGCAUGUUAUAUUUUACUCAUGGAUCAUGGUCAUUAUUAUGGCCUACUCAACUUUUAAUAUUACGAUUACAAAAAUGGAAGAUGCCAUGGAAAACCUUCUGGAGAAGACACAUUUAUCUUGUUCGCACAACCGCACAAAUGGUGGAGAGUGGAGAAUUAGACAUCCCACGAGGGCAACGAUCCCCAAUUCCAUAUAUGCUCAAAAAGACUGCAUUCGUUACAUGCGCACUUACAGUUGCUGGUGGAUCUUGGUACGUGGCGGUUAAUUUAACAUCACCAUCCGAUCUCACGGCUAUUUACAAUUGUUCGGCAUUCUUCGCAUAUGCUUUCAGCGUACCCCUUUUGAAAGAACCUCUUCGAUGGGAUAAAUCUUUUGCAGUUAUGGUUGCUAUUAUCGGAGUUUUGGUUGUCGCAUAUGGAGAUUCUACACCAACGAAACAUGGAGGGAAAUCCGGUGGUUCGGUUGGUGGAAAACCAGGUGAUGAAGAUGAUGAGGCAUCAAAUAGAGUUCUGGGAAAUCUCGUCAUUGGAAUUGGUAGUGUUCUUUAUGGAUUUUACGAAGUCUUAUAUAAAAAAUUGGCAUGCCCACCUGAAGGAACAAGCCCCGGUCGAGGCAUGAUUUUCGCCAAUACAUUCGGAUCUCUCAUCGGAUCUUUUACUCUAUUGGUCCUCUGGAUUCCUCUACCCAUCCUCCAUCUUACCGGUCUCGAAACAUUUGAACUUCCGCACGGAGAGGCAGCUUGGAUGUUGGCCAUUUCCGUCCUAGCAAAUGCUAUUUUCUCUGGAAGUUUCUUGGUUCUAAUCAGCCUUACAAGUCCUGUUUUAAGUAGUGUCGCAGCACUUUUAACUAUUUUCCUCGUUGCGAUAGUCGAUUGGGCUUUCACAGGUAUACCAUUGAGUCCGGCGGCUAUUGCAGGUGGUUUGUUGAUUAUUGUGGCAUUUUUGUUGUUGAGUUAUAGUACUUUUAGAGAGAUGCAAGAGGAGAGGCGAAAAAGAGAAAUAGAUUUGAGUGAUCAUGAUUCGGAUAGCGAUAAAUUCGAUGAUUAG